AUGGAAAUCCAUGCGUCCGUGAUGGAUUCAACACUAUUUGACAUCGUCGGUGACAUUGACGUUAUGGAAGUGCACUCGGAGACAGCAAUGGUGCCAAAACAGGGCCCAAGGACACUGAAUGGCUCGGAUUUUCGAGAGCGACACUUCUGCAACUUUAGCCAGAGCUCUCAAACUGGUGGAGUGGAUACCUGUUCUCAUUUCGCGAACUGUGCGCCGUUGACGGAUGAGGGCACAUCCGCUUAUGGACCCGGCAGUCAAACUGGAAGGUCAAAACGGAGACGCGUGAUUAGCACGGUCCAGCGACAGGCCGCUAACAUCAGGGAGCGCAGACGUAUGUUCAGCCUCAACGAAGCCUUUGACGAGUUACGGAAAAAAGUGCCCACUUUCGCAUAUGAGAAAAGGCUGUCGAGGAUCGAAACGCUGCGCAUAGCUGUAGUGUACAUUUCCUUUAUGACGGAUCUACUGAAAAAACAGCCUUAUGUCAACCGGGAAUAA